GAGGGAGGGAACAGAAGGGAUGCAGAGUCAGCGGUUGAGGGAUUGGGGACAUGCCAGCCUGAUUAGAAGGGUUGGGGGACUGAGCUAGCUUCACCUGUCCUUGUCUCUGAUUGGGCCUUGGGCAUCCUAACUCUCAAAUCCCACUAAGCAGCCCCCACCAGGGCCGUCUCCAGAGACCUUAAGGUCUCUGGAGAGUCAGUUGGUUGCCAGUCUUGGGGCCAGAAGAGAGUCUCUGGAGGCCAGAGGCUGGCCUGAACCAAGUUCUUGGGAUACCCUCCAUUCAGAAGAGCCACCUGCUCACCUUGUCCCUUCACCUGCUGUUGGGGUCAUGGGGGCUGGGGCCAGCGCAGAAGAGAAGCACUCCAAGGAGCUGGAAAAGAAGCUGAAAGAGGAUGCUGAGAAGGAUGCUCGAACUGUGAAACUGCUGCUUCUGGGUGCGGGUGAGUCCGGAAAAAGCACCAUUGUCAAGCAGAUGAAGAUUAUCCAUCAAGACGGGUACUCGCUGGAAGAGUGCCUUGAGUUCAUUGCCAUCAUCUAUGGCAACACUCUGCAAUCCAUCAUGGCCAUCGUGCGGGCUAUGACCACGCUCAACAUUCAGUACGGAGACGCAGCGCGCCAGGACGAUGCCCGGAAACUGAUGCACAUGGCAGACACGAUUGAGGAGGGUACGAUGCCGAAAGAGAUGUCGGACAUCAUUCAGCGGCUGUGGAAGGACUCGGGUAUCCAGGCUUGUUACGAACGCGCCUCGGAGUACCAGCUGAACGAUUCUGCGGGCUACUACCUCUCAGACCUGGAGCGCUUGGUGGCUCCGGGCUAUGUGCCUACUGAGCAGGACGUGUUGCGUUCUCGUGUCAAGACCACAGGUAUCAUCGAGACGCAGUUCUCCUUCAAGGAUCUCAACUUCCGGAUGUUUGAUGUGGGUGGGCAGCGCUCGGAGCGCAAGAAGUGGAUCCACUGCUUUGAGGGAGUGACCUGCAUCAUCUUCAUCGCGGCGCUGAGCGCCUACGACAUGGUACUGGUGGAGGAUGAUGAAGUGCCGAUGCUCUCCUCAGAACCGUAUGCACGAGAGCCUGCACCUGUUCAACAGCAUCUGCAACCACCGCUACUUCGCCACCACAUCCAUCGUGCUCUUCCUCAACAAGAAAGACGUUUUCACCGAGAAGAUAAAAAAGGCACCCCUAAACAUCUGCUUCCCGGAUUACGACGGGCCUAAUACAUACGACGAUGCGGGCAACUACAUCAAGGUGCAGUUCCUGGAGCUCAACAUGCGACGAGACGUAAAGGAGAUCUAUUCCCACAUGACGUGUGCCACUGACACACAGAACGUCAAAUUUGUCUUUGAU